AUGACCUCACUAGUAACAAGCACCGUGCCCUGGCACGAGGGCGAGGAGAAAUUACACCACUGGCUUAAAGUACCUCACGGUGACAACCCGACUACUCCGUACCUGAGCCCGAGAGCUGCAUCUCUGGUUCAAGAAUGUCCCCUGCUUGCCCUGGGUACAUUGGAUUCCCAAGGCCGGCCAUGGUCAACGAUAUGGGGCGGUACAGCGGGCUUUGCAAUGCCAGUUGCCGAAUCGCUAGUCGACCUUCGGGCACAGGUGGACGGCAGAUACGACCCCGUUGUGCAGGCCUUAUUGACCGGCAAUCAAACUCAUGCAUACACAGGAAAAAUGGUCUCGGGGCUGGCAAUCGACUUGGAGAACCGUCGGAGAGUGAAGCUGUACGGCAGGAUGGUGGCAGGCUCACUCUCCGAUGGAGAUGCAGGAGAGGCACAGUUGGUUGUUCAUAUUGAAGAGAGCUUGGGCAACUGCCCUAAAUACAUGAACAAGAAGCAUAUAGUACCAGCGCAGUCUGAUUCAAAGCUGAUCUCCGACUCACCACAAUUGAGCCCUACUGCAAUUGAGCUGCUCGCUCGUGCGGAUACUAUGUUUAUAUCCUCGUCUCAUGGAGCAUCAACAAUGGAUACAAACACGCGUGGUGGUCCCCCGGGAUUCAUGCGCGUUGAAUCGAACAGUGCUAGCGGUGCUGUUCUUGUUUAUCCUGAGUACUCGGGGAAUAGACUCUAUCAAACGCUGGGGAAUUUAGAGACCACCCCGCUGGCUGGUUUUGUCGUCCCCGAUUUUGACAGCGGCAACGUUCUUUACUUCACCGGAUCGACCGAGAUACUAGUCGGAAAAGACGCAGCUGCUAUUCUACCCAGAUCGAAUCUCGCUGUGCGAGUCACCAUCGCGGCAGCAAUCUUUGUUGAAAAUGGGCUGUCAUUUCGUGGCGAGCCCGGAGAUCCUUCUCCAUACAAUCCUAGCGUGCGAUAUCUCGUUAAUGAGAAACAUAUCCCUGGCACCCAAGAAGACAGCGGCUCAGCCCCAAUGGCCACGCUGAUAAAGAAAGAAGAUAUCACCCCGUCCAUCCAACGGUUUCGGUUCCGUAUCUCCAGCCGCAAACCGAUUUCAUGGAGUGCGGGACAGUAUGUCACACUGUCAUUUGAAGACAAGCUAAAUAUGGGGUAUAGCCACAUGCGCGAUGACGAUCCAAGCAGUCUAAAUGAUGACUAUGUUCGAACCUUUACUGUGUCUUCGUAUCCCGGUCGCGAUAUACCCGCUGAUCAAUUCGAGAUCAUGGUCCGACGACAUGGCCCCGUCACUGGAUAUCUCGCUCGCAUAGAUGAGCGAGCCAGCCUGGAAGUACCACUCAAGGGAUUCGGGGGAAGUUUCCACAUAUCGACUGGCAAGUCCAUCAUCCCUUACGUGGCGGGUGGUAUUGGCAUCACACCCCUUCUCGCACAGCUUCCAGAAUUGGAUAUUUCCCAACUGCGAUUAUUCUGGUCAAUCUCAUUCAAUGAUUUGGGGCUGGUGCAUGAUAUUUUCCAGCGGUGGCCACAGUUGCCCCUGUCAACGACUUUGUUUAUCACCAAUGUGGAGCUCGAUGACGCUGAUCGGCAGAUGUGGGACGGCAUUCAGUCGUCUGGGGUGAAAAUGAUACGACGAAGGAUGCAAGCUGAGGAUUUAGACCUCGCGCUAGCGGAUGUUUGGUUUCUUUGCGCUGGUGUUGCGUUAAAGCGGAUGAUUCUGAAUUGGCUUGUUGGAAAGACCGUGGUUUAUGAGGAUUUCAACUAUUGA